ACCCGCCCUCCCAGCCUUCCCCGCCGGGCGCCCGCUUCCGCCUUUCCGCCGCCCUGGACUCUGCCCCACGGCUUAGUUCCUGCGGUCAUGGCUCCGCUGCGCUUCUCAGCCAAUGUGUCAUGGUUGUUUCCCGAGCUCCCGGGCCUCGCAGCGCGGCUCCAGGCUGCGGGGCGCUCGGGCUUCAAGGCGGCUGAGGUCGCCUGGCCGUACGCGGAGCCGCCGGAGGUGCUGGCGCGCGCGGCGCAGGAAGCGGGGCUGCAGCUGGUGCUUAUCAACACGCCCCCGGGAGACCGAGAGAAGGGGGAAAUGGGCCUGGCGGCCGUUCCCGGGAGGCAGGCGGCCUUCCGAGAGGGGCUGGAGCAGGCUGUGCUGUAUGCCAAGGCUCUGGGCUGUCCCAGGAUUCACCUGAUGGCUGGCCGAGUACCCCAGGGUGCUGAUCGAGCAGCAGUCAGGAGUGAAAUGGAGACAGUUUUUCUGGAGAACCUGAGGCAUGCAGCUGGGGUUUUGGCUCAGGAGAACCUUGUGGGAUUGCUGGAACCUAUUAACACCCGCGUCACUGAUGCCCAGUACUUCCUGGAUACACCCCAGCAGGCGGCAGCCAUCUUACAGAAGGUUGGAAGACCCAACCUCCAGUUACAAAUGGACAUAUUCCACUGGCAGAUCAUGGAUGGGAACCUGACAGGAAACAUCCGGGAGUUCCUGCCCAUCGUUGGACAUGUGCAGGUGGCACAGGUCCCAGGCCGGGGAGAACCUGGCAGCCCUGGAGAGCUGAACUUCCCAUAUCUAUUCCAACUGCUGGAAGACGAAGGCUACAAAGACUUUGUAGGAUGCGAGUAUCAGCCUCAAGGAGACACGGUGGAGGGCUUGAGCUGGCUACGUUCCUACUGGGAUAGGAGAGGCAACCCAUAGGCUGGCCAGUGAGGUCCUGCUCUCUAUCCACAUGCCUUUCUGAGACAGUGAGUUGAGCAUCCUGAGUCUUCUCUGAAUUAAAGACAACCUGUUGAACAUUUU